AUGGCAGAAGAGAAGAAACCACACUCCCAGCCACCGCCGUCGUGGUCAGGCCUCCCGCUGGACCUAGCAGGCUUGGUGCUCAGCCUGCUCCCCGUGUACGCCGACCGCGCCUGCUUUGCCGCGGUGUGCCCGCAGUGGCGUGCCGCCGCGAGGCAGCUCCAGCCGCCACCGCUGCCGCUGCUGGCACUCCCCGACGGCACCUUCUACAGCCUCAUGUACGACAAGCCCUUCCGCUUCCCUGGUUGUGGCUUCGCUGGGUACGAGAAUGUCUGUGGCAGCUGGCUCGUCUUCUCACGCGAUGACGGAUGCUUCAUGGUCAACCCCUUCUCCCGGGCCACCGUGAGGCUCCCUGCUCUCUCAAGUGUACGACUCCGGCCUCCAAAUGCGUCUGCUAAAUCUAAAUGGGCAGAGGGCGGAAGUGUAGAAUCUGCUAACCUCUACAUCACAUGGAUGCGUAUCAAUAAAGCAGACAACCUGCGCAUAAGUAAGCUAAUCCUGUGCUCGCCAAAUCUCGUUGCUGCACUAGUUGGCAUUGGAUCCUUCAGCCAGAUUCUAAUGUGCCAGCCAGGGGCCUUGUCAUGGUCAGUACGUGCGUAUGAUCGGAUCGAGGAUUUCCAAGACAUGUCAUUCUACCAGGGCAAGCUGUACGCCAUUGCCAAGGACGAGAACCUCCUUGUGGUGAACAUCAGCCAGGACCAGAGCACCGGCGAUCCACAGGUUUGUCGGAUUGGACGAGUCAUCGAGGGUGAUUGUCCUACAUGGUAUGAUGGUGUAUUCGAGGACAACAGUUCGGCCUGCAAGAAGCUCUACCUGGUUGAAUCGCGUGGGAUGUUGCUGAUGGUACGCAGGACGAUUUGGUGUCAGUUUCCUGAACCUGGAGGGGACGGUAGAAUUAUGGGUGGACAGAAUGAGUUCGAGGUUUUCGAGGCUGACUUUGAGCAUUCACGGUGGGUCAAGGUGUCGACCGUGGGGGAUGACCAAGUGCUGUUUCUGGGGCGAAGGUGCUCGAGGUCCAUGUCCGUGUCGCAGUACGGGUUGCCGGGCGAUCGCAUCUUCUUCUUGGAUGAUGAUGAGGAUAAUCGCCUAGACUAUGCCUAUGAUGAGGAGAACACUACUUUCGGCGUCUAUUCCAUGAGAUUCCGCAGCAUCGGUUCCGGUGAUCCAAACAUUUCCUGGAAGCGGUGCGCUGAGAUGUAUCUGGCAGCAUGGCUCUUCCCUCAGGACCGUUGA